UGCUGGUGGGAGGGGCGGGGUGGCGUCGUGUGUGGGCUCUGUGCGGGAGGCGGCGUGAGGGGCUCCGGCGGAGACAUGUCCUCGGGGGUGGCCGCGCGUCGUGACGCCAAGAAGCUGGUGCGCUCGCCCAGCGGCCUGCGCAUGGUGCCGGAGCACCGCGCCUUCGGAAGCCCGUUCGGCUUGGAGGAGCCGCAGUGGGUUCCGGAUAAGGAGUGUCCGAGAUGUAUGCAGUGUGACGCCAAGUUUGACUUUAUCACCAGAAAGCACCACUGCCGCCGCUGUGGGAAGUGCUUCUGCGACAGGUGCUGCAGCCAGAAGGUGCCGCUUCGGCGCAUGUGCUUCGUGGACCCAGUGCGCCAGUGUGCUGAGUGUGCCCUGGUGUCCCACCGCGAGGCUGAGUUUUACGACAAGCAGCUCAAGGUGCUCCUAAGUGGAGCUACCUUCCUCGUUACUUUUGGGGACUCAGAGAAACCUGAGACCAUGGUUUGUCGUCUUUCCAGCAACCAGAGAUGCUUGAUUCUGGAUGGAGACAGCCAUCAUGAAGUUGAGAUUGCGCACAUCUGUACUGUGCAGAUUCUCACAGAAGGCUUCACUCCCGGAGCAGGCAGCACUCGAGCCACAGGAAUGUUCCUCCAGUACACAGUGCCAGGGGCAGAGGCUUCAACACAGCUGAGGCUGAUGGCUGGAGAGGAUGCAAAUGGCAGCAAGAGGCAGGCUGCUGCAUGGCUGGCAGCCAUGCACAAGGCCACCAAGCUCCUUUAUGAAUCACGAGACCAGUAACUGCAAAGGUUACUGAGCUCAGAGCGACGGAGUCCAAGCUGCUUGCCCCUGUCUGUGCACUCAGGGUUCUGCCCUGUGUGUGCUUGGAAAUGCAAUUCAGGUGUCUGGAAGCAGUGUCCACUCACCUAGUGCAAUAUGUACACGGUUGAUUAACGCUUUAAAGAGCUUGCGUUGCAGUGCACUGUUGGUACUUAACUAGCCUUGGGAGAAGCUGCACUACCGCGUUGCUAAGCUAGGGCUAGUAUAACCUACUCCAUGUUUCUAUAAAUCCCCAGGCUCAUCAGAGAUUUGUGGCCCCGUUCCCACAGAAACAAGUUAGGGGGUGAUCACUCGGGCCCCCGGUUUAGCACUGGGCCCUGCCCAUCCUCAAUAGCCUGCUUACAAUGCCUUAGUCUGUUUCUAGACUCACUAAUCUGGGGCAGUGAACAAUCCUUUUUAUAUGCCACUUUUGUGUUUCCUACUUCUCACUUACUACUUCACUUUGUUAAGAUGACUGUACAGUAAUUUGUAUAUAAAGUAUAUGAUUAAAACUUAUUUUGAAAGUA